AUGAAACUUUUUAUAGUCCUGAUUAUCGAUGUCCUGAUAUUGCAGACUGAAGCUGUGGGAGGACAAAAUUGUGGCACAAAUCACUAUGCAGCAACAGGCCAAAUAUCUUCACCAAACUACCCUGCUGAUUACGGAGACCGGAGCACUUGCAUCUAUCUUAUCCGGGUCUCUAAAGCCCAAAGGAUCGUAUUUACGAUAGAACAGUUUAACACCGAAAAAGACAAAGACUUUUAUGAAUACGGAGCUGGUGGUACAGCAGACUUCAAUGUUGCCAUUGCACAGUACUCGGAGUGUCUAAGUUUUCCGUGUCAAAAUGGCGCAAAUUGUGUUGAAGCGGCAGAGGCAUACGUCUGUUACUGUCAUUAUGGAUGGAUGGGAACAAAUUGUGACGUUACAUCAGGACAAAAUUGUGGCACAAAUCACUAUGCAGCAACAGGCCAAAUAUCUUCACCAAACUACCCUGCUGAUUACGGAGACCGGAGCACUUGCAUCUAUCUUAUCCGGGUCUCUAAAGCCCAAAGGAUCGUAUUUACGAUAGAACAGUUUAACACCGAAAAAGACAAAGACUUUUAUGAAUACGGAGCUGGUGGUACAGCAGACUUCAAUGUUGCCAUUGCACAGUACUCGGGUAAUACGGCCGUAACAAGUGAAGCGCCAUUUACGUUACCGUUCACAUACACUAUUACGGACGACUCUGCAUGGAUUUUAUUUUCUGCAGAUUUUAAUAAUCCACGUAGUGGUUGGACAUUAAGCUAUCGAGCAGAUCUUGAUGAUUGUUUGAGUGCUCCCUGCUUGAAUGGCGCCAUCUGUAAUGAUGCUGAAUUUUCUUAUUCCUGUCAGUGUGCCCCUGGCUAUGAAGGCGACAAUUGUGAAACAAAUAUAAAUGAAUGUUUGUCAAGUCCUUGUCAAAAUGGAGCUGGCUGUGUGGAUGGCCUUGCUAUGUAUAGCUGCACCUGUACUCCUGGCUGGAUCGGAAUAAACUGCAACAUAGAUAUUAAUGAGUGCAGUAGCAGUCCCUGUUCAAAUGGUGCAACCUGUAACAAUCUGCAGAACAUGUUUACUUGUUCUUGUCUUGCGGGAUACACCGGAAGGCUUUGUGAGACAAAUAUCAAUGAAUGUGCGAGCAACCCAUGUGUGAAUGGCGUGUGUAACAACAACCUGAAUUUCUUUAGCUGCACAUGUGACGGCGGAUGGCAGGGCAAUCGAUGCGAUGUAGAUUAUGAUGAGUGUACAAGUAAUCCAUGCUACAACGGUGCGGUCUGUCAGAACCUUGAAGAUCAGUACACAUGCACAUGUAGUGCAGGCUGGAAAGGAACCAGAUGUGAACAUGAUACAAACGAGUGUGCCAGCAAUCCAUGUCAGAAUGGCGGCGCAUGUGUUGACGGAACAAAUCGUUUUGACUGCACGUGUGUACAGGGAUGGUCGGGCACUUUAUGCGAGCAAGAUACAAACGAGUGUGCCAGCAAUCCAUGUCAGAAUGGCGGUGCAUGUGUUGACGGAACAAAUCGUUUUGACUGCACGUGUGUACAGGGAUGGUCCGGCACUUUAUGCGAGCAAGGCUAUAACGAAUGCUCCAGCUUCCCGUGCCAAAAUGGUGGCGUCUGUACCGAUGCGAUUAAUGGAUCCUUUUGCACUUGCCAACCAGGAUAUAGUGGCGCACGAUGCGAUGAAGGUAAACUUAUAGACUGACCGGUCAUAAUAAGGCCAGG